AUGAUCCAAACUUUAAUGCUAUUGGAAAAGAUAAUGAUAGAUACCCAUUAGAAUACCCAAUCAGUGGUUGAUUCAAAUGGAAAUAAGUGGUAAAAUAUUUUCUUAAUAUUUUCUUAGGUUGUCAUUGAAUGAAAAACCAAUCAUCAAUUUUUAGGAGAUAGAACAUUAGUAGCUUUUGGAUUGGAACACGUUUUGGUGGAAUUAUCAUAUUCCAACUUACAUUUUAUUAUGUAUGAAACUUCUAAGUAUUCUUAAGAAGAGAUAAUUCUUACAUAUUUAAAAUUGUAGGAUUGCAUAAGCUUUAUUCAAUUUUGGUAAAGAUACAAACAGUAAUGCUAAGGAUUUCACUCAUGCUUUUAGAAUUAGAACAGGUAAUAAUAAAUUAAAGAAACCAGAUACUGAGUUUUACCAACUGAUUCAGAUCCUUCAAUCAAGAAAAAUGCUUUCAAUUAAGCUGAACCAAUAUUUGAUAAACAUGUUAAUUAAGAGAAUCACUCUUGAGGAACUUAAUUUUGGAUUUUGA